UCGUACUAACCGCGUGCAUUGUUACGAUUGCAACUUGUUAAAAAAAUAAUUUAUUGCAAUUGCAACUGUUUAAUAACAAUAGUAUUUAUAAUAUUAAUAGUAUUUAUGACAGGAAAUAUAUCGUACGAAAAUAUGGAUUCUUACGAGAAUCCUGAAUUUUUGCCACUGGAAAAUUUAAAAUUAAAGGUUAAAACUAAUGGUGUUGUAGAAACUAUAGAUGCUUUGAGUAAAAAAUGGAAAAAUAACCACUAUUUCUUGCAUUAUGAAGCUCCUAAUAUAUAUAAUGAUGAUGGAAUUGAAAUUCAAGGAGCAAAAGAACGUUGGGUGGAAAUUGUUAAUUAUAUGAUUAAUGAUUUAAAAUGGUUACUUAGUCUUCCAUUCUAUAGGUUUUGGUCAAACAUUAUAUUCAAUCCCUCAAUAUUAAAUACAUUAGUAUCUUUUCUUCAAGAAGCACCACCAUUUUAUGCUUUAGAAAAUUUCCCUGCAGAUAUGCUGCAACUUUUAGAAAUAUUAAGUCGUUAUGUACUUAUAACUUUUACACGACUGAUUACAAAUAAGGAAAAUUCAAAAGAAUAUAUGGGCCGUCCUUUUUUUGGAAAUUUAUUAUAUGAGAAUUAUAUAUUUACAAUUCCAAUUAUUUUUGAUCUUUGUCAAUUUUAUGGUCGAGAAAAUCCAAAAAUAAUGGAAAAAAUUUUAAAUUGUUUAUUUAUAUUAGAACCACGGUACAAUAAUGAUCUUCAAAAAACUAUUCCUUGCCUUAUAGAGGCACUUGAAGAUGUUGAAAGAAAGUUUGAUCAUUGUUCUAUUCAUACUAAUGCAGCAAUAUCAACAAAUUCUAUGAAACUUACAUUAUUUAAUUUGGAAGAUAUGAUAUUAUAUAUUUUAGAUAUAUCUUCAACUAUCGAAAUAUUUUUGAAAAAUUAUCCUUCUGCAGCAAAUGUAUUUCAUAAAGAGGAUUUUAUGAAAAAACUUGUUUCAACAUAUGAAAAUACAAUUCCCGAAAUGUAUAAAUUAUUAGAUGACUUGGCAUAUAAUGAUGAAAAUAUGCCGAAAUAUAUGGAAUUAAAACAUCGUUUAGAUGUAAUAAGAAUUGAAAUUUUAAAUAUUUUUCAUAUUAUCAUACAUGAACCAAUAUUAAAUAUCCAAGAAAAUGUAAAUACCAUAAAGGAAGAAGAAAUUAAGAAACAAGUGGAUGAAUAUCUUGAUUUAUUAAGUUCUGUAAUUUCUGAAAAAGAAUUUGUUACAGAUUAUGACCAAUUUUAUCCUAUUAAGUCAGACUUAUAUAUAUUAUCAACCCUUUGUCCCGAUCCUGAUGAAAUAAAUUAUAAUUAUAUAGUGCAAUCAGUCAAUGCAAUUACUGGUAAAUCCAAUGAUUUAUUAAAUGUUUUUUCUGAUAUAAAUGAAGCUGUAGCUGGACCUAGUGGUAUAUCAAAUCAAAUGGCCAUAUCUGAAAAUAUAAAUUCUUCAAAUAAGAAACAAAAACCUAUAACAAAAAAUUUAGUUGAAUUAGCUUCUCUUGUUAGUGAGGUUAAAGAUAUAUUACAUGAUUUAGAUGAAUAUUUCAUUGAGAUAAGUUUGAAGUAUUAUAAUUAUAAUACAGAAGAAUUAAUAAAUGCAAUUUUAGAACAAUCUUUACCCACAGAAUUAAAAGAGUUAAAAGACUUAGGACAUUCACAAAUGUCUGCUUCACCAACUUGCACAGAAACUUUAAAUAAUCAAAAUUUAGAUUGUAAUUUUGAAACAUUGAACAUGUUUGAUAAUUAUAAUAAUGAUAGUAAUGAUAAUAAUGAUAUUAAAUUUGAUAAUAAUGAUAUUAAAACUCAAGAAAUUAUAAAUAUAUCUAAAGAUUAUAUAAUCAAAAAUUAUGAUCUUGUCACAGAUGUUUAUGAUGACGAGUAUGAUGAUACAUAUGACAAUCGUGAUGUACGCGGAAAUACUCAAGAUGAUACUACUGAAAUAGACAGGCCUUUUACUAUACCAAGAAUUCUUCGGGACAGACAAAAAGUUGAAACUGUAAGCGAAUUAAUAUCAGAUGAUGAUGAUGAUGAUGAUGACGAUGAUGUAAGGAAUAAUCAAAAUGGGAAAGACUUUGUACAAAAUCCAGAAGAAUUACGUGCUAAAGCAGAGCAACGAAGACAAAUGCGAGAUAGUAGAAUUGCACCAAAUGUGAUUGGUAAUCCUAAAGGUCAUGGACAAAAGAAAGACGUUUUAUAUAACAGGCAGCAGAAAAAUGUUAGAAAAGCAAAAUAUGCUAAUCAUAAUCGUCGUUCUGGUGCUCAGUAUAAACGAAAUCAAGGAAUGAUUCCAUCAUAAAUUUAAUUAUAUUUUUAUAUAAUUAUAUUUUAAUUUAAAUUGUAAAUACUGCCAUAUAAUAAAUACAAAUGAUACAUUCGUACCUAUAUAUAUAUAUAUAUAUGUAUACAUACAUAUAUAUAUAUAUACAUAUAAUAUAGAAUUCGAUUCCUUUAACAUUUAAA